UGACACGUUUAGUUCAUUGAUACACAUUCAUGGAGAAGAGUUUCUUGUCUGAGUGCAAACAAUCGUCUUCUAUCACUUUCUUUGCUCUCUUCAACUUGUUCCUCAUCGGGUUUUGCAGAUGGGUUUCUUCUGCUCGCAUCUUUUUAUCCACAUUCUUUCCUCUUCUUCAACACCACCAACGUGUUGAAGAGAGUUUGAUCAAACACAUAGAAGAACGAGAAGAAGAAGAAGAAGAUGAACUCUGUAGAGAAGACGCAGAGAUUGUUAUGAGAAGCUUAGGGCUUUCACCCGACUCAGAAAGCGAUGGGCUUCAAGAACGGUACAGUUCCAAGGAAAUUUCGAGUUUGUUCGAAGAGAAAGAGGCGAGCUUAGAGGAAGUGAAGCUAGCUUUUGAUGUGUUCGAUGAGAACAGAGAUGGUUUUAUCGACACUACAGAGUUGCAGAGAGUUUUGACAACACUAGGGUUCAAAGAAGGAUCAUGUCUAGAGAAUUGCAUGGUUAUGAUCAGAUCAUUAGAUGGAAACAAAGACGGAAGAAUCGAUUUCAAUGAAUUUCUGAAGUUCAUGGAGAAUAGCUUCUGCUGAAUCAUAUGAUAUUAUUUUUUUCUUUUACCAUAUCUAUUCUUUUGUACUUCUAAGCACACUCUUAGCUUAUUGAUUCUUAUCCUUUUAUGAUGAGAUUGUGUAUGUUAAAAGACUUAGACAUGAUUCUUGAUAUUAAU